UGACCGUUGGGAGACGUUGAGCUGUGGAAGAUGAGUCCGAAGCCGAGAGCCUCGGGAUCCCCGGCCAAGACCACGGAGAGCCGAAAGAGGAAGUCCUCUUCUCAGCAGAGCUGCAGUAGCCCGAAGAAGAAGGCUACCAGAGCAACCAAGAAGGGAAAAGCAGCUCGUGGAGGGAGACGCGGGAAGAAACGGGCCGCGAGCAAGAUGGCGGCGGCGGCGACGGCCCCUGAGGCGGGGAGCGGGCCAGCGGCCCCCGGCCCCAGUGACCAGCCCAGCCAGGAGCUCCCUCAGCAUGAGCUGCCCCCCGAGGAGCCAGUGAGCGAGGGGACCCAGGACGACCCCCUGAGCCAGGAGACCCAGCUGGAGGAGCCGCUGAGUGAGGGGGCGGCCACCGACUACCCCAUCUGGCUGAGCAGCGACUAAGUUCAGUUCCAGUCGCCAGACCUCAGAGAUCUCACCAGCACGGUGGCCCCUGGUGAAGACAAU